CUGGGAACUUGAGAGUAGGAGAUUGGUGGAGGUAUAUAAAUAUGAGCCUGGCAUGUCUUGUAUGCAAUAGUGUAGAGAGCCCUUCACACUCUUUUCGGAGCUAUUCAGUUUCGAGUUCAGACAACGAGGGAAGAUGUAACUCGAUGGCUAACUGUCUAAUUUGGAGACCAUCUUUCCCUCCAACACACCACCCAUCAUAUGCAGCAUCAGCCAAGGUAACUCCCCAUCCAAACAUUGUGAUCAGUGACAGAAUGGAUGGUAACCCAACGCUGGUGCGGAGCCGAGCAGUAAGAAGGGACCUGGUACGGGACUGGAACUUCGACGAGGUGGUUGUAGUUCAGCAUUAGUAAGUUUGAUGAGAGUAGUAGGGUUUUGAAAUGGGUGGUUAUGGCCUGCAAAGAUGGGGCUUCCUAUGUACUUAUGUUUUCUUGUGGUUACAACUGAACUCACACUUCCAUUGGAAGAGUUUGCACAUUUGUAAGCACCAGAAAAUGGGAUUUAGAACUUCGUUUAUAUAUUACCUAUUUACUACUGAUUCAUAGGAGGCAGGCAGGGUUGGGAUGGGCUUAAUUAGGUUUGUAAACUUGGAUGGAAUUAUGGUUUCAAAGAUUUCCAUGAUAUACACCAAGUUUAUUUGCAUAUAAAACAAAUAAAGAAGUGUUUAGAACA